AGAGUUUAGGGAAGAGCAGCAGGUAUCACUGGCAAAACUGCAAGUUUUUGCUACGGUAUAGCUAAUAGGAUUGCUGUUUAUCUGGGAAAUACAAAAUGAGAAUGGCGUGGAAAGGGAAGCGUUGCUACGUCGAGGUGAGCGGGACGUCCUUUGGCAAAGGAGACGAUGACGGCCAACAAGAGCGGCAAGACUGCACCCAGAGCCAGAGGGAGUAAAGCACCCCAGGACAUUCCGGACAGGUGCCAGUCAGCAUCUCCACCUCCCAUCCUUUCUGUGGCGAAAGGUCUCUCUCGCCCUCUGAGCGACAGCGAGGAACCCUGCAAUCAGAGUGGUUACGCCAGGGCCAGCAGCGGAAAGCUCCGGAGCCUGAGGAAUUGGACCAAUAAGAGCGCCAGCCUACGCAGCGGGGCCUCCCUGUCCUCGGACUUUGACUCCCAGAGCUGCCUCCUCAAGGCCAGGAGCAUCAGCUGCCUGGACAACAAGCUCUCUGUCUACAAGCCGGCCGGGGACGGUGGUGGUGGCGGCGGUCAGGAGCAGAAGGAGAACCGGCAGGAGGGCGCCCCCGCCAGGGAUGGAGUGAGCGUCCCUCAGCUGGGCAGGAGCACGCUCUCUCUGGGCCCCGCCUCCAACCACACCCACCACCAGCGCAGCCUCUCUCUCGGCCGUGCCGGAGCCUGCCCCCCGUCCACUGCCAUCCGGAAGAGGAUCUCCGAAUGGGAGUGCCGGAGGGUGUCGCUGCCUAGGAUGAGCCUGUGCCUGGACAAGAGGCCCCUGGGCGACCCCGGCCUCCUGCCCUCGCCCUGCAGCGAGAAGGCCUUCGACUUCAAGGGCGCGCGAAGGAUGAGCACUGCCUUCUCCGAGUGCUCCUACCCAGAGACGGAGGAGGACGAGGCGGCGGUAGCCUCCGACCGCGAGGCCUCGGGCCGCUUUGACCGGAGGCCCAACAAGGCUGAGACCGCGGGCCUCCUGCUGCGCUCCCUCUCCCCCCGCAAGGAGACCUCUGCCGUCCUCAACCGGAUACAAAAGAUCGAGCAGGCGCUGAAGGAGAGCCCGUCGCAGGCCCCGCCGCAGUUCCCCAGCAGCUGCUACGCGCCGGACAGAAUCCGGCACAGGUCCUUCACCAUAGCCGGGCUCGGGGACGUGGACGCCAUAUGCGUCGGCAAGAGAGGCAGCGUCAGCUCGGUCACCACUGAGCCUGAUCUGGGGUCAGAGAGGCUCCCCAAACUGAAGCAGAGGGUUGGCGCGAGCGCCGCCCCACCAGGCAGCCCCGAGCUGUCCUCCCCAGAGAGCCCGCGGAUCACCCCAGUCAAUCCCGUGCCCAAGCCCAAGCGCACCUUCGAGUACGAGGCCAACAGGAGCCAAAAGGCUGCAUCGCCGAGCAAUGGUCUACCUCCCGGCAGUCCGUCCGAGUCCCCGCCGCCGUUGCCCUCCACCCCGGCACCGCCCACCACGCGGAACCAGAAAGAGGGAAACCAGAAGGAGGGAAACCUCAGCGCAAAGGUCCUGGACAGGGAAUCGUGUGAGUCGGAGGAUGCUGCCAGCUUGCCCUCCUCCUACCCGUCGUCGCCCACAGAGAACGGCACCACCUCCACCGAGACCCGUAGUCGGCCCAGCUCUAAAAGCACUUUAGAGGAGAAUGCCUACGAGGACAUUGUGGAGUCUCUCAAAGAGAACCCGUACGAAGACGUGGACCUGAAGAUCCGGGCGGCGGGGCGGAAGUCCCGACUGCUACCCGAGAGCUCCCGGGACUCGCCCAACAGGAUGUGGACCCCCCAGGACAGGAAGUCGGGUACACCUCCCCAGCUGCCCUCCAAACCCGGCAGCCAAUCGUUGCGCCUCCCAGGUGCCACGGACAGGAAGUGCCACCGGGCCUCGCGUCUGUCCAAGCGGCACAGCCACGACGACAUGCUGCUCCUCCCCCAGCUCAGUGCCCCCCCCUCCCCCUGCAGUCUGCUGAGAGACAGCCUGAGCAGCGCCAGCGACACCCUGGGCUCACGCUGUCACAGGAGGGUCCCCAAGCUGGUGCAGAGGAUAAACUCCAUCUACUCCUCUAAACGGGGGAAGAAAAGGCUGAAGAAACUCUCCUUGUCCAGCAUAGAGACCUCCUCUCUGAGAGAUGACAACAGCGAGAGCGAGAGUGACUCUGAUGACAGGUUCAAAGCUCACACCCAGCGGCUGCUGAAGCUGCAGUCCAUGCUGCGCCGCGCCCCCAGCUACCGCACCCUGGAGCUGCAGCUGAUCGAGUGGCAGGAGAGGGAGCUCUUCGAGUACUUUGUGGUGGUGUCGCUGAAGAAGAAGCCCACCAAGAACUCCUACACCCCCGAGGUCACCUACCAGUUCCCCAAGCUGGAGAGGCCCACCAAGCAGAUGAGGGAGGCAGAGCAGCGGCUCAAGGCCAUCCCGCAGUUCUGCUUCCCGGAUGCCAAGGACUGGAGCCCAGUGUCCGAGUACACCAGUGAGACCUUCUCCUUCAUGUUGACUGGAGAGGACGGGAGCCGACGCUUUGGAUACUGCAGGAGGCUGCUGCCCAGUGGGAAAGGCCCCCGUCUACCCGAGGUCUACUGUGUCAUCAGCCGCCUGGGCUGUUUCGACUUGUUCUCCAAGAUCCUGGACGAAGUGGAGAGGCGCAGGGGCAUUUCGGCUGCCCUGGUGUACCCCUUCAUGAGGAGCUUAAUGGAGUCACCCUUCCCUGCACCGGGGAAGACCAUCAAAGUCAAAACCUUCCUGCCUGGAGCAGGGAAUGAGGUGAUGGAGCUGCGACGGCCAACGGACUCUCGUCUGGAGCAUGUGGAUCUGGACAGCCUGUUCAGCUGCCUGAGUGUGCGUCAGGUGGUUCGCGUCUUCGCCUCCCUGCUCCUGGAGCGGCGGGUCAUCUUCGUGGCCGACAAGCUCAGCACCCUGUCCAGCUGCGUCCAUGCCAUGGUGGCCCUGCUGUACCCCUUCUCCUGGCAGCACACCUUCAUCCCUGUGCUGCCCGCCUCCAUGGUGGACAUCGUCUGCUGCCCCACGCCCUUCCUGGUGGGCCUGCUGUCCAGCUCUCUGCCCAAACUCAAGGAGCUCCCUGUGGAGGAGGCUUUGAUGGUGGACCUGGGUACAGACCGCUUCAUCAGACAGAUGGAUGACGAGGCCACACUGUUACCAAGGAAACUUCAGGCUGCUUUGGAGCAGGCUCUGGAACAGAGGAAUGACAUCAUCAAUCCGGACUCGGACAGCGAAUCAGAUGAAGAGUGUAACUCCCUGAACAGCCUGGUGUCAGAGGCCUUCAUCCGCUUCUUCCUGGAGACGAUCGGCCACUACUCCCUGUUCCUGGCGCAGAACGAGCGAGGGGAGCGCGUCUUCCAGAGGGAGGCCUUCCGCAAGUCCGUGGCCUCCAAGAGCAUCCGCCGCUUCCUGGGCGUCUUCAUGGAGUCCCAGAUGUUCGCCGGCUUCAUCCAGGACCGCGAGCUGCGGAAGAGCAGGGCCAAAGGUCUGUUUGAACAGAGGGUGGAGCAGUACCUGGAGGAGUUACCUGACACUGAGCAGAGUGGGGUCAACAAGUUCCUGAAAGGACUGGGGAGUAAAAUGAAGUUUCUUCACAAAAAGAACUAGAGAACACAUUCUACUGUACCAAAAUAUCAAACUAAGGACUUUUUUUGUAAAAA